CUCAUUACGCAAUCCAUGACGUCAGGGGAAACCUGUCAUGCGCAGUGGCCUGGUCAAGAUGGCGUCGCUAAAAAUGCAGUCAGAACCGGAGGAAGCCGCGACUUUGUGACCGAGUUUUGUCCUUCAUUUGGAGCGGAGUUGCGUCCAUCGGGGCCGUUCCAAGGCAUGUGAAGACGACCGGGAAGCCACAGAAGCAUGCAGUCGGUGAUCGUGUACGGUCGCAUGCUGACGAGAGCUCUACUUUCUCCCGCCACCACUCAGGACCUGCGGACGAAGAGAAAACGAGACUUGUGCCUGGUUUCAACCGCGCAAGGAUUUUCCAAAGACUUCAACAAUUCAAUACACAAGAAGGGACUUUUCGGCGACGAUGCCUACUUUAUAGCAAGAUAUAAAAACGUAGACGUCUUAGGGGUAGCGGAUGGGGUUGGAGGAUGGCGAGACUACGGAGUGGAUCCUUCGCUCUUCUCAAGUUCCUUAAUGAAGACCUGUGAAAGACUAGUGCUGGCAGGACGCUUCAAACCCACAUUACCCAUCGGGCUCAUCGCAGCCAGCUAUUACGAGUUGUUAGAAAGUAAAGGUCCAAUUGUAGGUAGCAGUACAGCAUGUGUCCUAAUCCUGGACCGCCCCAGCAGAACACUGUAUUCUGCAAACCUAGGUGACUCAGGGUUCAUGGUGGUGAGGAAAGGAGAAAUUGUACAUAGAUCAGAAGAGCAGCAGCAUUACUUCAACACCCCCUUCCAGUUGUCAUUAGCAUCUCCACGGGAGGAUGGGUUGGUGCUCAGUGACAGCCCAGAGGCAGCUGGCUUCAUGUCCUUCCUGGUGGAGGAGGGGGACCUCAUCGUCACGGCAACAGAUGGGCUGUUUGACAACCUAUCAGACUCCAUGGUCUUAAAGGAAUUAUCAAAACUUAGGGAUCACAAGUACGAGAACAUCGAGCGAACGGCGCAGAACUUGGCAGAACAGGCGCAGGAGUUGGCCUUUGACCCAGAGUACAUGUCACCCUUCGCCACAGAAGCACAGCAGGCUGGGAUAGAUGUCAAAGGAGGAAAACCAGAUGAUAUUACGGUGCUGCUGUCAGUGGUCGCUCUGUAUGCAGACUAGUAGGACAAUGGGGGGUGGGGGGUUGUAGCUUGGGUAAUGUUAUAUUUACUUGGUCAAAUCAGUCAUUUCUUUCAAGUUGUAUCCAUCUAGAUCAACUUCCAUUCAAUCAGUCCAACACCUGAAUGUAAUUUUCUGUCUAGUCUGUCACAAUGUGAGAGCUAGAUCUGACACUUCCUGGCUACGGUCAAAAACACAACAAGAAAUAACUGUCGGCAAAAACAAACCAUGUCAUGUGCAGAAACCUGUACGUAUGAUAUUUGAAUCUAAGGGAGGAAAGUUCUCUAUCAGAUUUGUGUGAAUUGGUAGAUGGCUUGUUUGAUGACAUUGACUGACCUUGUCCAGAUGGGUGGGUGUGGGAGGGGGGCAGAUUUUUACUGACUUGUGUUUAAGUGUUACAGAUUGUACCUUGCAGUGUCUAUCUUCUGCAUUUCUGUACAUUUAUUGUCUGUCUGUAUAUAAACAGAAGUGACGGGAAGCUUGAUAUGCUAAGUUUAUUUAGCAUAAUGGUAUCUUUUUUAUGUCUUAAUUAAUUGUAUUUCAAGACAAAGUUUCUAUAAAUGCGUCAGCAUAACUACUUGGAUAUCACUUUUAACCAUCCCCUCACGGUGUAUAGUUCACAUACAUCAAACUAUCAACUCUGAAAUGUUCAAGGGCCAGUAGUCAUUCCUUUAGUCAGUGGAAAGUGACAAGGAUUUGAAUUAGACAAUACUCUCAAAGAAAGUCCAACAGUCUUGCAUCUACACUGUAGUUUUCUUUGAGUAUUUUGUACGAAGUUCAGCCUGUUUUACUAUGUAAAAUGGGCUGUUGGUACUCAGUGUAGAGUUGCAACAUUGAGAGGAAACCAAUAUUAUGUUGAAAAAUGAUUGAGGAGAAAGAAAUUAUUACAGUGCCCUGUCAAUCAAAGAUAGGCUUCUCCCACUACAAGCUCUCUCUCUCCUCCCAGUUAACCCUCUCCCCACUGAGGAUGCAUUCAUACACUAAAGAUGUAUUUAUUUCAACAUAUGUCAGUAGGGGGAAGGUUAAGAAAGAAACCAGGCACUAUAUGUUCUAACUGAAGGGACGGUUUGUCUUGCCAAAGUCAGAAUUGUUAUGAAUAGUCACUGUUAAGUGCUUUGGAACCUUAAACAGUAUUUGAAGUGUAUCGAGGUAUACAUAAGAAAGUAUUGAGUAGCUGUUGCAUGACUCUGUGUGUUAUACAUGUAUGCUCCUAGGUACUUAUUCCUAUGUAUUUUCCUCUGGUAGUUUUGAUUUUAGUUGUUCAGUGGAACAAGACAUUUUUGAGGUGGCUUUCUCGUGGAAACUCAAUUCUCAAUUGUUCUGUUAAUGUUAGAAGGAUACAAACAUGUGAAGAAGAAAAAGAAGAAAAUGACGUCUAUGUGAGAAAUGCACCAAAGGCAUUGACCACUUUUAGCCAUUGAAUGUUAUGUAGUUCGUUAUGGGUAGCAUUUUAGUAAGCUCACAUACGACCAUAGACAGAAAAGAAUGAUUUUAGAUUUAGUAAAUGUAGUAGGAAUUAUUUCACUGUAGAAAGGGCUUGAGAAUGACGAAAAAAAUGUGACAAAAACGUGUAGGUUUUAGUAGAAACCUGUCACCUAAAUAUGCACUGUACAGUACCAAAGUAUUAAGCUGCUGUUGAUGUGAAAGGUGUAAAUAAUAAGAACUGAGAGACCUUUAAGAACAUAUUUAUGUGGACAUGAAACGUAUCAACAUGUAAGGUAGUGGGCAGGGUGGGACUUAACAAUGCAAGUGUAGAAGGAGCGAGAAUUGUGCCUAGCUUAGUACUAACAUGUUGACCAUGUUACACCAGAUUUGUGUUAUGAGGGAAAAUUCAAUUUAUUAAUAUUUCAGCUUUUUCUAUGGUAGACAUUUCCCUUAGUGGUCUUCUUGUAUUAUAUGUUAAACCCUGUUGUUAGCUUUUUGAAAAUCACAUGUUUAAGCUGGGCCAAAGCUGCAGAUUAUACUUAUAGGUGCCAAGAAGUUGUUCAAUGUUAACGGAUACUAACACUAGUUUGUGCUUUCUCAAAGUUAUUUUUUUUUCUUACAUUUUGAGGAACUCAAAGGAUGUUUGUCUGAUGUUUUGACAAGGAAGAUUUGGUUAUGAUGUUACUUCAGCUGUUUACAAAGCGUGUUAUUGUUGACCGUUAAAUUUUGUAGCUACCUGUGGUGAGGAAGGUAUAACAAAAAUAUCCCUGAGAAUUUUUCUCUUUAAAGUAACAUACUUCACUAUGUUACCUGAUGUAUAAACCCUUUGGUCUGUGAUGUUUUGUGAAGCUAUGACUUUGUCGAAUGCCAAAUGACCCAAAGGCUGUAUUUUUUAAUAUGUUUUCUGGACUGAAGCGAGUGGUUUAUGAUAAGCGGAGAUACAGAAAUGGCAUGGAAGAUGGUAAUGGCAGUUGGAUGUAGAAAUGACAAAAUUUGGGGGUGUCUUCACUGUAGUGCCUGUACGCUUGCACUGCAAGAAUGGUACACCCUAGUCCCUUAGGAAACCAGUUACCCUGGGGGGGCAGCCGGGAUUGGGCAGCUAGGACAGUUUAUUCGGUGGCCCAAUACAGUCUGGCCCGUCGAUCUCCUAUUAGCGCCCCGGGGAGUUAAUGCCCGAUGAGGUCCACCUGCCCAAAAGGGUAGCGAUAACUCUUAGCCUAAACUCCCUGGAGCGCUAAUGUGAGAUCGGAGGGCUGACUGCCUUGGGUCCCGAACAUUGGCUACCCGAUCCUGUCUGGUACCCAGGGUAGAAACCAGUGGGUAUUACCACAUCUGGAAAAAGGAAUGAUGACUUGAGGGGUAAAAAAGAAGUAGACUAAGUUUAUGGCAAAGUCUUACUUCAUGUUGAGACAGAGAGAGAGGAAGAAAUUAUAGGUGAUUUCUCGUGUCUGCAUUGAGUAGUUUUUGUCAGUUGUACAUCAUGUACUGCACUUGUCAUCAUGUCAUGUUUGUCUGUUCUCAGUACUUACGAUACCACUGAUACUACGUAUGUCAUGUUUGCAGCACUGCUAGAUGGACAACUUACAGCAUGUCUUCAGUACUUCUCGGUUUUGUACAUCUCUGCUACACUUUGAUUACCGCAGUCUUCUUUGUACGAUUGAGGCUAUAGACGUGCUUUUGCUUGUUGAGCAGAUUUUCCUGUCAAAAUUGUGAAAAAAGAAUUGUGAAAUUGGAUUCAACUGAAAAAGGUAGUUUUGGGACUCCAGUCAAAAAAAAGGUGGAUGGGCAGAAGCAUCCAAUGUUGUUCUUUUUUCAUCAAUGGAAAAGCAGAGGCAACUUUGGUGAACAAAUUAUUUGGCUGGCCUCACCAUAGUUUGGCAUGAAUAUUAUGUGGAAGUUGCUGUGUACAUCAGUAUUAUGCUUGUAAGAUACUGCAUUCAAAUUUACGACUUGUUCAUAGUUCAUGCUAAUUGGCUUAGUGCAAUACUGUUCUGAUCAUGACUACAUCUGCAGUGUAAGACAUGCACUCAUGUAGUCAACAUGAUUAGUCCACCCCCCACCCCAUAAAUUUUAUUUUUACACAGAAGAGUUAUUCCUGGCAUGUACAUUUUUGCUGAAACCACCCUGGGAAACAAUUCCAAACAUAACAUCUAUAGUACAGCUUUGACCAAGUUUCUAUUUUGCUGUGUUGUAAUUAUUUCUGAACCUUCCCACCACAUACAAGGUAAUGAACAUAGUCGAAUGUAGAAGAAGCAGAAAUGAUCCUCUGACAAACAUUGACAAACCGGUGCUGUAUAGGGAGAGUGGAACUUGUCUUUUUUUGUGUAUUCAGAGAUUUGUAAAUAAACUUUGUGGAUAGUAA